CGAGGCCUGAACCGCCCUCAGGAGGAGGAGCCUGGGGUCCAACUCCGCGCGAGCGGCCCUCGCUCCCACCAAGGGUCACUGGUCACUCUGCGCCCGCAGACCUGGCGGGGGUCGCAGGGCUAGGUCUCACCCGGCUGCCCUCUCAGGCGAGCUUCUGCAUCCGAGCGGAAAGGUCGGGGACGCCCGCCAAGCCACGGAGCCGGUGGCUGGCGCUCCGCGGCCCCACAGGAAAGCAGGCGUUCUUUCUGCGCAGGCGCGACGCUCUGGCCGGGAGGGGCGGGGCCUGGACGGGUCGGGGGCGGAGUCACCUCUGGGCCCGCCUCCACUAGCUCCUCUGGCCGCCGAGUGCUGGGCACCCGGGCUAUUCUAGGGGCUUCAGGUGAGCGGGGGGAGCAGAGGGGUCAGGAGACCUCCCUCGAGGUCGGGUCGUCGGUCUGACUGCAGGCCCAUCUGUCCUGCCGUCUGCCAACAGCCGCCUCCGCGGAGAAUGGGAGAACAAAGGGAGGGGGCGGUACUGGGGCCCCUGCGGGAAUCCAGGGUCCCAGCGCCCCCGCCUUGCCCGCUGACACUUUCGGUUUCUCCCCGAGUCAGACGCGCCGCCCUAGAGACCCUGGGUCGGCGCUGGGCGCAGCUGCCUCUCCGCGUUUGCCUGUCGGUCUUUGUGUCUGUCUUUGUGUCUGUCUGCUGUCUUCGAGCUUGCCUCCACUUCUAGAACUAAACCUCUGGACACCAACAUCCCACGAAUCCUCGCCCCUCUCCCAUGGCAGGCUACUUGCCCCCCAAAGGCUAUGCCCCUUCGCCCCCACCUCCCUACCCUGUGACUGCUGGAUACCCGGAGCCAGCACUGCAUCCCGGGCCUGGGCCCGGCCAGGUGUCCGGACCCGGGCAGGCCCCAGUGCCUGCCCACGUGCCUGCCCCUGCGCCGGGCUUUGCUCUCUUCCCCUCGCCCGGCCCUGGGGCCCCGGGACCAGCUGCCCCCUUUUUACCAUUGCCAGGGGUGCCUUCUGGUCUCGAAUUCCUGGUGCAGAUUGAUCAGAUCUUGAUUCACCAGAAGGCUGAGCCGGUGGAAACGCUCUUGGGCUGGGAGACCUGUAACCGCUACGAACUGCGCUCCGGGGCCGGACAACCCCUGGGUCAGGCGGCAGAGGAGAGCAACUGCUGUGCCCGGCUGUGCUGUGGUGCCCGCCGGCCCCUGCGGGUCCGCCUGGUGGACCCUGGGGACAGAGAGGUGCUGCGCCUGCUCCGCCCCCUCCACUGUGGCUGCAGCUGCUGUCCGUGUGGCCUCCAGGAGAUGGAAGUCCAGGCCCCACCGGGCACCACCAUUGGCCACGUUCUACAGACCUGGCAUCCUUUCAUCCCCAAGUUUUCCAUCCAGGACGCUGACCGCCAGACCCUCCUGAGAGUGGUGGGGCCCUGCUGGACGUGCGGCUGUGGCACAGACACCAACUUUGAGGUGAAGACCCCAGACGAAUCCCGCAGCGUGGGCCGCAUCAGCAAGCAGUGGGGGGGCCUGCUCCGAGAAGCCCUUACUGAUGCAGAUGACUUCGGCCUGCAGUUCCCGCUGGACUUGGAUGUGAGGGUGAAAGCUGUGCUGCUCGGAGCCACGUUCCUCAUUGACUACAUGUUCUUCGAGAAGCGAGGAGGCGCUGGGCCCUCUGCCAUCACCAGUUAGAGGCCCUCUGUGGGUGAGGAGACCAUCAACUCAACCAGAAUUCAGGAUGGUCACCCGCCCUGGCCCCUGCUCAGAGGCAGCCCCUUUCCUCCGUGCACACUGCAGGCGAGAGACAGGGAAGCCUGAGAGGCUGGAGGCUUGGGGCCCCAUCCCUCCCCUGCUCCCCUGGCCUCCUUCACCUGUGGCCCCCACAGAAGGGUAUGUAUGAGAGCCCUUCCCCUGCUACUUCCCGCCACAUUUCCAGUGGCCCCUCAGCAUGCAGGCACAUCGGCUUUCAAGUGUUCCCUACCCACUUCCUCCCAACCCCUUCCAGGGCUUCUGCUCCAGACGAGGCCUUAGAAUGCAGGACUCUGGGGUUUUCUGACAGGGCUGGGGGUGGGAAAGGCACCAAAGAUGGCAGACCUGGCCACCCUUUCCCCGCAUCCGCUUGGCCAAUUCGUUCAGCCUCAGAUGAUGGCACUCUGAGGGCAUCCUACCUCCCCACUAGGGCCAGGACCCCAGUGCCAACUUCCUCUCCCUCAGCUGGUGCUUGCUGCGACUUCCUGUGCCUUAACCACCCGUUCCUUCCCUUGCCCCAGGAAGGAAGCUGUAUCUUUUUAUGUUACAUUCAUAUAAACUUUGUAAUUUUUUGCA